GAUAAAGUAGUUUCACUUUCUCCACAUCAUCGGAUUCUUGCUGAAACAUCUGGACGCGAGCUUCAUUAUGGUGAACUGCUGUGGUCUUGUGUCUCAGAAAAAUGUGCCAGUUCCUCUGAAGAGCAUCUCAGUCCAGCUGCAGGUUCAGGAUCAUGUGGCCUCAGUCAGCUCCAGUUUGCAGUAUAUCAAUGAGGAGGAUCGUCCGCUGGAGGCCGUGUUCGUCUUCCCGCUGCCCGCCGAUGCCGCCGUCUGCCACUUCAGUGCCAGGAUCGGAGAGCAGGAGAUUGUUGCAGAGGUGCAGGACAAACAGAGCGCACGGGAUCAGUAUGAUGAUGCUGUGAGUUCCGGUCAGCAGGCGUUUCUGCUGGAAGAGAGCGAUCAGAGUUCGGACGUGUUCAGACUGAGUGUGGGCUGUUUGUCUCCGGGUCAGAAUGCCUCCAUCACCAUCGUCUACAUCAUCGAGCUCAGCGUUCAGGCCGACAACGCCUUGCGCUUCUGUCUGCCGGCUGUCCUUAACCCCAGAUACACACCAGCAGCUUCAGCAGCCGGUGUUCCAGAAGUUUCCUCAGCAUCAGUUGUUCCUUACACUCUGUCUCUGAGUGUCGAAGUGAGAUCUUCAGACCGCAUCUCCAGACUAGAGUCCAGCUGCCCUCUGGAUCCUCUGGAGUUCCUCGACGCGCAGCACACUCACGCCACGGUGAAUCUGAGCGCUGGUCACCGGUUCGAUAAGGAUGUGGAGCUGCUUCUGUACUAUGAGAACACCCAUCAGCCCUCUGCUGUGGUGGAGGCUGGAGCGGCUGCAGCUCAGUCAGGGUCUCUGAUGGGCGACCCGGCGCUCAUGAUCAGUUUGUACCCAGAGUUCCCUGCGGAUGUGAUGUCAUCACUGGCGUCUCAGGGCGAGUUCAUUUUUGUGGUCGACAGAUCCGGCAGUAUGGGCUGCGCGAUGCAUCAUGGGAAAGACGCGCAGAAGCGCAUUGAAAGUGCAAGAGACACGCUGCUGCUGCUGCUGAAGAGUUUGCCCAUGGGAUGCUACUUCAACAUCUACGGAUUCGGCUCUCGUUUUGAGUCCUUCUUCCCUCAGAGUGUUGUGUACAGUGAGGAUGCGAUGGAAGAGGCUCUGAAGAGAGUAAAGAGCAUGAGCUCAGAUAUGGGCGGCACAGAGAUCCUACGGCCGCUGAAACACAUCUACAGUCAGCCCUGUUACACGGAUCACCCCCGACAGCUGUUAGAGACAGAAGGAGCUGUAACAGUGAAAUACAGGCUGAAAGAUCAACCAGUGACUAACCAGCUCCAGUUUACUCUUAAACCAGCGGAAGACACAGGGCUGACGAUCCACCGGCUGGCGGCCCGGUCUGUGAUCCGCUCUCUGGAGCUGCAGGAUCGAGCCGGAGGAGCUGCAGGUGUGGAGAACAUCAGGAGCAGGAUCGUGGCGCUCAGCGUUCAGGCCGGAGUGAGCAGCGUUCACACGGCCUUCAUCGGCGUUAAUAAAGACAGCAGACAGACAAUGAAAGGGCCGCUGCUGCAGAGGAGAGUGCUAACAGAGCGUUUGAGGCAACGGUAUGUAGCGUAUGGUGCCUCUGCGAAAAUGAGCCGAAGGGUGGUUAUCAAGGAAUUUUGCUCUAUAGGACGGAGCUAUGCAGAGACAAAAGCAAUGCAUGUUGACACUGAACCGUGUAUUAGAACAAAUGCUCUUAAAUCAGCGUCUAAUCAUGUCUUCUUCCAAUCUACAGAAUGCAGCAUGAUGGUUGCAUCUGCUUCUGCGUCACAUCAGGCCGAACCCGAGCUCCAGAAGGACCCUUUGCUCCAGCUGGUCUCUCUUCAGAAGGCAGUGGGAUGCUGGGAGCUAAACGCAGCGCUGGCUGGUGUGUUUGGGAAGACGGAGGACGAGGUGACCAAUCACAGACCAGCACAGGUGGACGGGUCAGUGUGGGCCACCGUCCUCGCUCUCAUCUGGUUAUACUCGUAUAAACUCGAUCAGCAGGUGGAGUGGCAGUUUGUGGCCAUGAAGGCGGCGUCAUGGAUCCGCUCUCAGAAACCGGGCGGUCUGUCUCAGUGUGUGUGUGACGGGAACCUCCUGCUGGGAUCUCAGCUGACUGAAGACACGCUGGGAGUCUGAAGACUGAAGAAUCUUGAGAAGACUAAAGAUCUCUCUUAAUCAUAAACAUCUGCGUGUCUGUUUUCUAGGGUAACAUCUAAACAUAUCUUAACAGAAUAAAACAUUUCUUUUUGUAUCAGUAUUUUUUAGUAUGUGUAAGCGUUAGGACUUUUCCUAAAUUCAUUGCUCUAAAUCUAAUGAUCUAAUCUUAUGGUAUCUUGUCUUGAAGUCACUGAAUCAGGAUUUCUGUCUGAUCCUGACUCUGUGUGUGUUGAAGUGAGCCGAUUGUGUCGUGUGUCUUUACCAAACUGUGUUAUUAAAGGUGCAGUAAGUCAAGUCACCUUUAUUAAUAUAGUGACGUAACAUGUACUGUAUGUUCAUCUUCUGUUCACCUUCAUUCUCUCAUUAAUGAUCACUGUCUGUAAACAGAAGUCAGUCUAUAGAUCUUCUAACAGUCAAUAAAGAUCAUUACGCUGCGUCAGGUUCAAACUGAACACGCUUUUGGAUACAAUGUGACUUUAAGUCUCUUGUCUUUAAUGAACGUCUUUUUUCAUCCCACUUUUGAUGUUUGUUGCUUACUCCAUCCAUGAUUUACAUAUCAUUCACUUAGAGUAUAAUUAAUCAAUCAGCUUUCCUUUAAUUGUGUCAAUUAUCUGGUGUCUCCAAUUAGUGUCUUGCACCACGUAUAUAUGCAGGUGAUUUAUAAGGUUUAAAGCUUGAAGAUUGUGCAAGAUGGUCUGAAAUGUUUGCUGAAUUUUUUUUUCGUGUUAGUACACUUUUGCAUUUUGUUGUCACUUUUAUAUGAAAAUCUUCAAAUGUGCAGAUUCCCUUUUUUUGCUUCCUGGCACACCCGAGAGUUACAGGAACAAAUCUGAGGUUUAGUUUUAUUCCUUUAGUUAUUAGUUAACUUGCCUCUCGCCAGUAAAUGCAUAAAAGAAGAAGAAACGCUGAAGAACGACAGAAGAAGUGAUGAACUGGAGUUUCUCUGGACGGCUGCUGUUUCUAAUUGGAUAUUGCCACGUUAUCAGGAACUUGCCACGCUGAGGGAGAAUUGGAAAGCUGCCACACUUGUUCAUUUGUUGUGUGUGUGUUUGUGGGCUUUUCUUUUCUGCAUGUUCAUAAGUGUCACAUCGGUCUAGAUUUGUUCAUGUUUUCAGUUCAGUUGUCUUUAUUUUGUCAUUGCUGAUGAUCAUGGUCUUGUUCUGUUCUCCUGCUGGUGUCUCUUGUCUUUGGUUCAUUGCUCUCUAUCUGCUUUUUAUUCCAGUUCUGUGUUUGUUCCUUUUUUUUUUUUUUUAAGCUACAGACGGUCCAUACACUCCUAAUGUAAAAUUUCAUUCUAAAAUAAAAGUACAAAUCCAUCUUUAAAACUGUAA